CGGGUCCCCGGCGCCCUCGCCUCCCACGCUCCCUUUAACCAGGAGCAGCAGGUCCAGAGAGCUGGCAGCUUGCACCCCUUUCCAGUCCGUCCUAAAGUGCGAUCAUGCUGUUAAGGCGUUUCCUCUUGGCGAUGCAAGCCUUGCAGCUUGCCCGUGCCCUGGACCUGCCCGCUGGGUCCUGUGCCUUCGAAGAGAGUACCUGCGGCUUUGACUCGGUGUUUGCGUUUCUGCCGUGGAUUCUGAAUGAGGAAGGCCAUUACAUUUAUGUAGACACCUCCUUUGCCAAGCAAGGGGAGAAAGCCAUGCUGUUAAGUUCCGACUUACAGGCUGAAGAAUGGAGCUGCCUCCGCAUGGUCUACCAGAUAACCACGUCUUCAGGGUCUCCAUCAGAUCCCAGCCGGCUGAACCUCUAUGUGAGAUUUGAAGAUGAAAGCUUUGAUCGCUUGCUUUGGUCAGCUAAGGAACCUUCAGAUAGCUGGCUCAUAGCCAGCCUGGAUUUACAGAACAGUUCUAAGAAAUUUAAGAUUUUAAUAGAAGGUGUACUAGGGCAGGGAAACACAGCCAGCAUCGCACUCUUUGAAAUCAAGAUGACAACUGGCUACUGUAUUGAAUGUGACUUUGAAGAAAAUCAUCUCUGUGGCUUUGUGAACCGCUGGAAUCCCAAUGUAAACUGGUUUGUUGGAGGAGGAAAUGUUCGGAACUCUCACUCCAUUCUUCCUCAAGAUCACACCUUCAAGAGUGAACUAGGCCACUACAUGUAUGUGGACUCAGUUUACGUCAAACACUUCCAGGAAGUGGCCCAGCUCAUCUCUCCGAUGACCACGGCCCCCAUGUCCGGCUGCCUGUCAUUUUACUACCAGCUCCAGCAGGGGAAUGAUAACAUCUUCUCUGUUUACACUCGGGAUGUGACUGGUCUUUAUGAGGAGAUCUGGAAAAUGGACAGUCUAGGGAACGCUGCCUGGAACCUCGCCGAGGUGGAGUUCAGUGCACCUUACCCCAUGGAGGUUAUUUUUGAAGUUGCUUUCAAUGGUCCCAAAGGAGGGUAUGUUGCCCUGGAUGAUAUUUCUUUCUCUCCUGUCCACUGCCAAAAUCAGACAGAACUUCCAUUUAGUGCUUUGGAAGCAAGCUGCAAUUUUGAGGAAGAUCUCUGCAACUUUUACCAAGAUAAAGAAGGUCCAGGGUGGAGCCGGGUGAAAGUAAAACCAAACAUGUACCGGGCAGGAGACCACACUACAGGAUUAGGGUAUUACUUGCUGGCCAACACAAAGUUCACAUCUCAGCCUGGCUACAUUGGAAGGCUCUACGGUCCCUCCCUCCCAGGAAACUUGCAGUAUUGUCUGCGUUUUUAUUAUGCCAUCUAUGGGUUUUUAAAAAUGAGUGACACCCUAGCAGUUUAUAUCUUUGAAGAGAACCACGUUGUUCAAGAGAAGAUCUGGUCUGUGUUGGAGUCCCCAAGGGGUGUUUGGAUGCAAGCCGAGAUCACCUUUAAGAAACCCAUGCCUACCAAGGUGGUUUUCAUGAGCCUAUGCAAAAGUUUUUGGGACUGUGGUCUCGUAGCCCUGGAUGACAUCACCAUACAAUUGGGAAGCUGCUGGUCUCCAGAGAGGCUUCCACCUCCACCUGGAGAGUGCAGUUUUGAACAAGACGAAUGUGCAUUUACUCAGGAGAGAAGGAACCGUAGCAGCUGGCACAGGAGGAGAGGAGACACCCCCACCUCCUACACGGGACCAAAGGGAGAUCACACAACUGGGGUAGGCUACUACAUGUACAUUGAGGCCUCCAACAUGGUGUAUGGACAAAAAGCACACCUCCUGUCCUGGCCUCUGCGAGGGGUCACCGGGAAACACUGCUUGACCUUUUUCUACCAUAUGUAUGGAGCAGGGACUGGCCUGUUGAGUGUUUAUUUGAAAAAGGAAGACCUGAGUGGAGAGCAGCUCCUGUGGAGAAGAAGGGGUGAGCAGAGCAUCUCCUGGCUCCGGGCACUGAUCGAAUACAGCUGUGACAGGCAACACCAGAUCAUUUUCGAAGCUGUUCGGGGAGUGUCAAUAAGAAGUGAUAUUGCCAUCGAUGAUAUUAAAUUUCAGGCAGGACCCUGUGAAGAAAUGGAAGUUAUAACUCAACAAUCAUCAGGAUAUUCUGAGGACUUAAAUGAAAUUGAGUAUUAAGACAUGAUCUGAAUUGGAUUAACUCAGUAAACAAAAGUUGUACAUACCUCUCUUCAAUCAAAAUGAAAACAAAACAAAUGAAUACUGGACAGUCUUAACCAUUUCAUAAGUUAUGGAAUGACUUCAGAGCACCCUUCUUCAUUACUUUUGCAAAAAAUACUGACUCAGGGCUUUUUUUUUUUUUUCUUUUUGCAUAUGACAACUGUUACUAGAAGUACAGGCUGCUGGUUUUGCACAGAUCAUUCAUCUUAAUGUUAGUAUCGGUUAAAAAUACAAAUGUGCUCUAUUGUAGUCACUUUAAAGCACACAGAUAAAAGGCACAAUCAAAAUGAAAUGUGCUCACUUAAAUCUGCAUUCAGUGAAUGUAUUGGGAGGAGAAUAGUUCUUGUGGGUUUCCUUUUGAAUUUCAAGGGUUUUAAAUAUUUGUAAAGUAAAUAAUGUGAGCUGUCAAUAAUAUCUGCAGAUUGAAUGCAGUUUUUCAUGGUAACAAGUAGUCUGAGAAAAUAGUCUUACAGGUUGGUUAUAUGUUGUUUUUUGGGAUUUUUUUUCCACAAAAAUGGAAUAUUAAUUUUUAGUAUUUUUACUGUGUGAUAACAAAGGAUCUUUAGUGAAUGUCACAGGGCAAGUCGGUAUUAAUUAAUGCUGCAUUACAAGGCAAUGCUAUCCACUUCUUUUCUCUUUGAACUACUUUUGAGAGUCACUAUGAGCGCAUAGAUAGAAAUUGCACUUUUUUUGUAAAGCAAGCUUGAAAAUGUUUAUGCGCACACAUCCAACAAUUUUUAUAAACAUGUUAAAUGAUUUUACUGAUUUUUAUAAUAAAUGUUUUGGUUACAUUUUGAAUAUGAAUUCAAACAGAUAUACUAAACUACUGCUUUCUAUUUACAUGUUAGAAAAUUAUAUAUACAUUUUUGCAUACCAAAA